CAUACCUGACUGUCAUGGUUUUUCUUGUCUACGUGUAGGAAUGUUGAAUAUUUGUAUAUUCCGGUGAUUUAUGGAGAAAAUACAAGUGAUAUUCAGUUAAAAAUCCCGGCAUCACUUCAAUAAAUUAAUAGAUUUAAGUAAAAAUGCACCAUUUUUGUAAAAUAUUAGUUUUAUCCUUUGUUAUUGGGGCGUAUACUGAUGAACACAACCACAUAUACGAUGAAAACGAAGAGGUAGUACUGUGGAUGAACACUGUUGGUCCUUAUCAUAACCGACAAGAAACCUAUGCAUAUUUUUCUCUGCCUUUUUGUGUUGGGUCGAAGGAAACUAUAAGUCACUAUCAUGAAACACUUAGCGAGGCAUUACAAGGCGUUGAGUUGGAAUUUAGUGGAAUUGAAAUUGAAUUUAAAAAUAACAUGCCGAAGGGUGAAUAUUGUGCGGUUCAACUUGAUGAAGAGAAAUACAAAGCAUUUGUUUAUGCAGUAAAAAAUCAUUACUGGUAUCAAAUGUACAUUGAUGACUUGCCUAUUUGGGGUGUAGUAGGCGAAGUGAAAGAUAACAAUUAUUAUAUUUGGACGCACAAGAAAUUCGAGAUUGGAUUCAACGGCAAACAAAUAAUCGAUGUCAAUUUAACUUCCGAGGAUAAAGUACCUCUGUCACCAACGGCAAGAUUAUCCUUUACAUAUGAAGUCAUUUGGAAGAGAACCGAUACAAAAUUUGAGGAUCGCUUUGAUAAAUACCUGGAUCACAAUUUCUUCCAACAUAGAAUCCAUUGGUUUAGUAUAUUCAACAGUUUUAUGAUGGUAAUUUUCUUAGUGGGGUUGGUAUCUAUGAUCCUGAUGAGAACGUUACGGAAAGAUUACGCUAGAUAUAGUAAGGAUGAAGACAUCGAUGACAUGGAAAGAGAUUUGGGAGACGAAUAUGGUUGGAAACAGGUGCAUGGAGAUGUUUUCCGCCCUGCCUCGAAUUCUCUUUUAUUCUCUGCUCUUAUCGGUGCUGGGCAUCAGCUGACCACCGUUGUUUUCAGCGUUAUCAUAUUUGCUAUUCUAGGCGAAUUGUAUACAGAACGUGGUUCGCUUCUGUCAACUGCCAUAUUCGUUUAUGCUGUGACGUCCCCUAUUAACGGAUACUUUGGGGGUUCCUUAUAUGCUCGGAUGGGCGGCAAAAUAUGGAUUAGACAAAUGAUAGUUUCUGCUUUCAUGUUGCCUGCCUUCGUUUGUGGCACGGCGUUUUUCAUCAAUUUCAUCGCUAUCUAUUAUCACGCCUCGAGGGCUAUACCCUUUGGAACCAUGGUUGCUGUUACAUGCAUCUGUUUAUUCGUUAUACUACCUUUGACGUUGGUGGGAACGGUCCUGGGAAGGAAUCUGGCGGGUCAGCCAGAUUACCCGUGUCGCAUCAAUGCCGUGCCUCGACCCAUCCCGGAGAAAAAAUGGUUCAUGGAGCCUGGCGUAAUUAUAUUAGUCGGUGGUGUUUUGCCGUUUGCCAGUAUUUUCAUUGAAAUGUAUUUUAUAUUUACAUCGUUCUGGGCAUACAAGAUCUAUUACGUUUACGGCUUCAUGUUGCUGGUUUUCAUUAUACUGAUGAUAGUGACGGUGUGCGUGACGAUCGUCUGCACUUACUUCCUGCUGAACGCCGAAGACUAUCGCUGGCAGUGGACAUCGUUCUUAGCGGCCGCCUCGACUUCCGGCUACGUCUACGUUUACGCCAUCUAUUAUUUCUUCUUCAAAACAAAGAUGUACGGGUUGUUCCAAACAGCGUUUUACUUCGGCUACAUGGCCCUGUUCAGCGGUGCCCUGGGCAUAAUGUGCGGCACCGUGGGCUACAUAGGGACGAGCAUAUUUGUUAGGAAAAUCUAUUCCACCGUUAAGAUAGACUGAUAAGCUGGUCGAAGUACCGUGUAUAUAGCCGUGUUUUCUGUUGACGUGUAAAAUGUGGAUUCGUCUCCGAUUUUGCACUUAGUCUAAGAAGGUUAGUGACUCGCUUAUCUUCUUGUAAGUGACAAAAUGGCCUUUAACACCUUAUUAGACCUUGGAUUAUUUAAUGUUAUCCCGUUAAAUUUCAUUUCGUGGAUGUGUUGUUUAUAUUUAGGAGUUUUUCAUCUGCUUUUUGUGAUUUUUAAACGAGAUAAUACUUUUUAUUGGUAUAUUUUUCAUAUUUUGUGUACAUAUUUUAGUCCUAAUCAUAUUUAUAAGUUUGUGAAACGGCGCGGCAGUAGGUGAAUUGAAUUUGGUUGGGUUUUUAUAUCGUUUUAGAUAAAUGUGAAUGGGUACCCGAGCGUUUUUGAAGAAAAUAUCGAGUAAAGACUCGGUUUUCUUCUUUUCGUGUUUUACAACUUUCAUUUACAAUAAAUUAUAGCAUUAAUAGGACUAUCAUUAUUGGUUUGGUGUAACUACUGCUGCUAUAGAAUAUGGAAGUUCAAUGUUUCAUUUAAUUGUAAAAUAAUUUAAUAAAAAUAUUAAAGUAAGA